CGCUUUCGGGACUCGGUCGGCAUUCGCGCUCCUGACCCCGUUACCGUUCCCUCGCUCGCGAAACCUGCUCCGAGCUCGGCGCACCUGUUGAGUAAGCCUCAAUUAGUCCUGACCCACCUGUCGGCCCGCGCCCGGAAAACCGGUCGGAAAACCCGCACACCCACGCUUUCACCGAAAACCGAGACCGGUUUCAUCUCCGCUCUCCUUUUUCCCGGAUCGCACGAGAGAAACGGAGACCUUGAACAUUGUAUUUAACCUCGAAAUCGGCUCAGAAUCGUGAUCUUCGUGCAUGCAUUUCAUGCGCUGUGGAUAGACAUACAAGUUGUCGAAUCGAUAAAAUUAAGCUCGGAAUCAAUACGAUCGGAACGGCUCGUGUUUAAGACGGCACUCAGUGUUCUCAUCCCUAGAUUUGUUUUUAUUCGUCAUCUUGUUGCAGGGACGCUGCCUUAAAUGCAGAAAUAAAGUGAGAACUUGGUGUAGUAAUCUAUAAAAAAACAGUGGGGAAAAAAUUGAAAUUUAGUUCGUUCCGUUUGAUGAAUUUACGGCGUAGAAUAUUUUUGGUUAAUACUACGUGCUCGGAAGGCUUGUACUCUUUUUGAAGUGUAAAGUACUGCUUGAUUUUCUACGACUGUUAGUUUCAUUUUAGUGUGAUGGUAUAUUCGGGGUGAUUCUUGCACUUAUAGUGGACAAAUAUUUAGAAAAAUUCCUCUUAGAAAGUUACCCAGAUAAGCAGUAAUUGUUUUUGUUCGCCUUAUUUUUUCAAUACCCAGUAGAAUUUUUGUAUCAGUGGAAAAGACUUUUUAAAACCAAAAGUCUCCUAUAAAGAAGUCAUAAGAAAUCUUCAUUCAGUAACGAUUUGCUGCUUGAUGGAAGCAACUAUAGUUCAUCAAUAGGCGCAAAAUGACAAACUCAAGCUCAGUUCUUUGAUACAAGUUGAACGGACGCAGGGCAUCAUGAAGGGACGACACCACUUGAAGCGGAGGUUUAGCCUUCAGCCGGCAUCUUUUCUCAGGGACAGUUCCACGCACCAUGAGCGAUCCAAAAGCCGCUCGGAGUCGACGGCGGGUUCGCUGGACAAGUCCGGGGAGGGUGGGGACGCGGCGUCGGCGGUGAGCGGGACCCGGCACAAGCUGGUGGUGAUGGGCGGCGCCAAGGUGGGCAAGUCCUCGCUCAUCACGCAGUUCCUCUACGGCGUCUUCUCGUCCAAGUACAAGCGGACCGUCGAGGAGAUGCACCGCGCCGACUUCUGCGUCCAGGGCGUCCAGCUCACCCUCGAGAUCCUCGACACCUCCGGCUCCUUCGAGUUCCCGGCCAUGCGCGACCUCUCCAUCUCCAGCUCGGAGGCCUUCGUCCUCGUCUACUCCAUCGCCGACGCCGCCUCCUUCGAGGAGGCCCGCGUCCUCCGCGACCAGAUCAUCGAGAUCAAGGGCUCCGCCUCCGUCCCCAUCGUCGUCGUCGGCAACAAGCUCGACCUCGCCGACACCUCCAGAGAGGUGGAUUUGGACACGACCGAGUCCCUAGUCACGAUGGACUGGGAGCAUGGCUUCUUGGAGGCCUCGGCCAAGGACAACGUCAAUGUCACCGAGGUGUUCAAAGAGCUCCUGAAUCAGGCCAAAGUGAAGUACAACCUGAGCCCGGCCCUCCGGCGACGCCGCCAGAGUUUGCCUACCCAGUGCGGCACCACCUCGGCGCCUCCCACCCCCGGCCCCACCCCCCACCACCCGGGCAUCCCCUCCUCGCUCCAACUCCAGCACCUCCAAAGCAUCCAGGAGAAACAGAUGGCCUCCGGCUCCGGGAGCAAGCGCAAUUCUUGCGUCAUUUCCUAAGUCUGUAA